AUGCGAAAUUCCGUUGAAAAAUAUUUAUUGUUAGAUAUUUGUAAAUAUUUUUUUGUUGCUGACCCAAAUUGUGAUGGCAGUUCCAAGCGUCAAGGGGCCAAUUGUAGACCCGGGUUUGUGCCGGUGCUGUGGAUCUAUUAAAAAAUGUCGCGUCUUGAAUGAGGAGUAUGAAUUUUGUGGAGAAAAAGAAAUUUAUUCGGAUAUGUUCUUCGACUGCUUUGGGCUUUUGUUAUCACACCUUGACAGAGCGCAAGCUGAGAGGCUCAUAUGUGCCACGUGUGUUACAAGGCUUCGUGACGCGACCGCAUUCCGGAAGCAAGUGCUGAUCUGUGAGCAGACCCUACUCCAGGUUGCAUACGAAGCAGAAAAUGAAAGGUUCGACAUUAAAAGCGAAACGAAUAUAAAACAGGAAGCGGAAGACAAUAAUGCGACACGGCUUGAAGAUGUCCAAAAUGACACCAACCAUUACAUUGAUGACGCAGGUAACGAUUCAGGUAGCCUGUCAAGCGAGCCACUAAUAAACUUGCGCAAGAAAACGCGCAAAAAGAAAAAGGAAAAGUUGAAAACAAGAAAGAAACAUAAUAGGGAAUCUCUAGAUGGUGAUUGUGAUGGUAUCAAGGAAAAAAAUUUAAGACAUUUAAUAGAUAAGAAAUAUUACGUUUUUCCGGAAAUUGGUAAAAAAGUAGCAUCAAAAUCGAGAACCGGUUCAGAAACGAAAUCGUAUUUAAACACGAUAACGAUUGUCGAAAAUUCAUUCGUUUGCCCAUUCGAUACUUCGUUCAGCGACUACUUCUGUAUAUACUGUAGGAACGUUUACACCGAUCCCGACAAACUCCGGGAGCACACGCUGACCCACGACCCGACCUCAUUCAAGACUCUGGCCAUAAACAAGAAGCUGAUAUUACUGGACGUGUACAGAGUAGACUGUAGAUUAUGCCAAAAGACCAUAGACAACGUGGAAUCGUUGAAAACUCAUUUAGUCGAUGCCCACUCGAUGUGCUUUGACGAUACAAAAUGCGAUUUCGUACAGUUCCGUUUGACAGUGACGAAUUUGCGGUGCACUGAAUGUGACGCGUCCUUUAGCUUCUUCCACGCCCUGAAGAAGCACAUGGCCGAGCAUUUCGGCAAUUGCAUAUGCGACGUGUGCGGAGCGCAUUACUUCGAGGAACGUAUGUUAGUGCUACACCAGAAAUCGCAUCGGCGUAUCGACGAGAGCUUCCCCUGUCACUGCGGGAAGGUAUUCAAAUCGAAACACAGCCGGUAUUUGCACGAGACGAAGAUACACAAGAAGGAGCCGGUCUUCCAGUGCAGCAAGUGCGAUCAAGUGUUCUUCUCCUAUUCGAUUCGGUACAGGCACAUGAUGGAGGCUCACGGUGAGCACCGAGUGUUCCCCUGUGAGUACUGCGACAGGGCGUACGUUAGUCGGAAAUCGUUGAGGGAACACAAUCGGAGGUACCAUCUGAAGAUAUUCAAGCAUCAGUGCGAUUUGUGCGAGAAGCGUUUUUAUUUGCCGUCCCGUCUCAAAGAGCACAUGGCGACACACACGGGCGAGAGGAACUUUAGGUGCGAGUACUGCGGGAAGAGUUACCCCAGGUUGAGAGGUCUGAAGGUACACAUGCAGUCCCAUAGUACGGAGAAGAAGUUUCGAUGUUCGAUAUGCAACGCGACCUUCACGCAGAACGUCAAUCUGAAGAACCACGUCAAAAGGCAGCAUCAGGACGUGGACAUAGAGAACGGUUACCACGAGUAAUGGAUGCCGGGUAUAAGGGAUUUAAGAAAAUCAAGGGAUGUGGAUCUCUAUAUCCGGAUGCUGCGAAUACCAUGGACAGCACGCCGGACCAACCUAUUCAUCCUGAAGGAGCCCGGUGCUGCCACAAGGCUAUCCGCUAUCUGCUUCCAACGUAUUCUCAAAUACUUUCGGCCACAUCGCUCGUAGAGGCCCCGAUAACUUAGACAAGCUGAUGGUACUU